AAACGAGGAGCCAAUAAGCACUCAGCUGCAAUUGCAAAAGCUCUUCAUACUUCCCACUCAAUCGCUGCCAUAAUCGUUUAAUUGUUAUAUUGACCCAAUCACACCCUACAGAAACCCCUUCUUCCUCUCAUUAUUCUCCACAAUGGAUCUACUUCACCAAUAUGCAGACGACCAAAACGACGACGAUCCAAACUCCCCAAUUAAAAACCCUAACUCCCCGGAACCCUCCCCACCGCGCCUCCUCUCAGGUCGUUCCGGCGCCCCCAAAGUAGACGACACCAUGCUGGCCCUUACCGUCACCUCCACCUCAGCCCUCUCCAAGCCCAUCGACCCAACCCAACACGCCGUGGGCUUCAACCCCACCUAUGACCAGCUUUGGGCCCCCAUCCAGGGCCCGGCUCACCCCUACGCCAAGGACGGCAUCGCCCAAGGGAUGCGCAACCACAAGCUCGGCUUCGUCGAAGACGCUGCAAUCGAACCCUUCCUCUUCGACGAGCAGUACAACACCUUCCACAAGUUUGGCUACGCCGCCGACCCCUCCGCCUCCGCCGGCGUCAAUUAUGUCGGCGACCUCGAUGCCCUUCGUGACAACAACGCUAUCUCUGUCUACAACAUCCCCCGCCACGAGCAGAAGAAGCGCAGAAUCGAGCUCAAGAGGAAGAAGGAGGAAGAGAACGACGAAGACAACAAUGACGAUGGUGGCGAAGAGAUUGAAAACCCGGCCACUGAAUCGUGGUUAUUGAAGAAUAAGAAGAGUCCCUGGGCGGGGAAGAAGGAAGGGUUGCAGGGAGAGUUGACAGAGGAGCAGAAGAAGUACGCGGAGGAGUAUGCGAAGAAGAAAGGGGAAGAGAAGAGUGGUUUUGGAGGGGAAAAAACUGAGGUUGUUAAAGAUAAGAGUACUUUUCAUGGAAAAGAGGAAAGGGAUUAUCAGGGUAGGUCUUGGAUUGCACCUCCUAAGGAUGCAAAGGCUAGUAAUGAUCAUUGUUAUAUACCUAAGAGAUUGGUUCAUACGUGGAGUGGACAUACCAAAGGAGUUUCUGCUAUUCGGUUUUUCCCUAAGUAUGGUCAUUUGAUUCUGUCUGCGAGCAUGGAUACAAAGGUUAAAAUUUGGGAUGUUUUCAAUUCUGGCAAGUGUAUGAGGACUUACAUGGGACACUCUAAAGCUGUUAGGGAUAUUUGUUUUAGCAAUGAUGGCACUAAGUUUUUGAGUGCUGGGUAUGACAAGAAUAUCAAGUAUUGGGAUACAGAAACGGGGCAAGUGAUAUCUACUUUUGCCACCGGGAAAAUCCCUUAUGUUGUGAAGCUUAAUCCCGAUGAGGAUAAGCAGAAUGUUCUGUUGGCUGGUAUGAGUGAUAAGAAGAUUGUUCAGUGGGAUAUGAAUACUGGGCAGAUAACUCAGGAGUAUGAUCAGCAUUUGGGGGCUGUGAAUACCAUUACGUUUGUGGAUAACAACAGAAGGUUUGUUACUUCCAGUGAUGAUAAGUCCCUUAGGGUUUGGGAAUUCGGUAUUCCUGUGGUUAUAAAGUAUAUUAGUGAGCCCCACAUGCACUCUAUGCCAUCCAUUUCGCUUCACCCCAAUGCCAAUUGGCUUGCUGCACAGAGCUUGGAUAACCAGAUACUUAUUUAUAGCACCAGGGAGAAGUUCCAACUUAACAAAAAGAAGAGAUUUGCUGGACAUAUUGUGGCCGGAUAUGCAUGUCAAGUCAAUUUUUCGCCAGAUGGACGCUUUGUUAUGUCUGGAGAUGGUGAGGGUAAGUGUUGGUUCUGGGAUUGGAAGAGUUGCAAAGUCUUCAGAACUCUCAAGUGUCAUGAAGGUGUUUGCAUUGGUUGUGAGUGGCAUCCCCUGGAACAGAGCAAGGUAGCGACAUGUGGCUGGGAUGGGAUGAUAAAGUACUGGGACUAGUUUCUCCUUACCAAUGGUGCCUGUUGCUAGAAUCAGUUGGCCGAAGCAGGCUAGAGAAAGGCACUGCUUGACAACAAAAGGAGUAGCAACAUAUUGAAUUCAUGUGUAUACGGUCUUCCUUGGUUAAAAUUUCGAUGGCAUUAAUUGAAGAUUAUCAUGAGAUUUCUCCGCACUGAUCAUGAUAUUGUCAUCAAGUGUUACGUGCUAAUUGCAUUGUUGUAGUAGUUGAAGACAGAAAAAUUUUGCCAUGUUUUUAAGAGAUUUUUGUAUAAUAGCCAUUUUAAAGUUAGAUAUUAAUCUCUUGUGAGAAUUUCGAUCUCAUGUUGCAGUUUAAUUUUAUUACAUUUUAUGCAGGUAUUAUAAUGCUGUGCUGGUUGCUCCUAUGG